CAAAAAAAAUCCACACAAACCUCGCCGAGCCUCAACCCCUCGCAAAAACCGCUUUCCUUCGCUAUCCCCACGUAUUCCCUCCCCCGCCAACUCCGGCGGCUAAUCCCCUCCCCUCCGCCGCCGCCGCCGCCUCCUCCCCGGCCGCGGGCGCCCGAUUGGAUUGGGUGGGUUUUGGUGGGGGGUGAGGCAGGCAGGCAGGCAGGCAGGCAGGCAGUGCAAGGGCCUCGAGGGGUUUCGCUCUCGAGGUUGGUGGUGGUGGUGGUGGUGGUGGUGGUGAUGGCGGAGCUGGUGGGGCCGCGCGUGUACAGCUGCUGCAACUGCCGGAACCACGUCUGCCUCCACGACGACAUCAUCUCCAAGGCCUUUCAGGGGAGGAAUGGCCGUGCCUUUCUGUUCUCUCAUGCCAUGAAUGUAGUUGUGGGCGCGAAGGAGGACAGACAACUUAUGACGGGGCUGCAUACAGUUGCUGAUAUCUACUGCAAUGAUUGCCGCGAGGUGUUGGGCUGGAAGUACGAGAGAGCCUACGAGGAAUCGCAGAAGUACAAGGAAGGGAAGUUCAUAUUUGAGAAGUCAAAGAUUGUCAAAGAGAACUGGUAGAAUCCAAGAUUAGACACUCCAAAUUUCCUCAAGAGGAUGAAACAUUCAUUGUUAUGUGGUUAUCAGUGUCUUUUGGUUCUUUAUGUCUUUUUGUAAAUAUUAGUCAUCCAUGGGCUCCAAUCUUAAGCCUGCUAGUUCUUGCCUUUCUGUGAUAUGUAAAUUGCACUUGCUCCAGUGAACAAGAUAUGGCCUGUGGGUAUCUGUUUUUGAACCAUCCUCACUACUGUGCAUAAUUUUAUAGGUACUAAAA